GCCAUUUUCUUGCAAGAAAAUUUAUAAGAUAACCUACUUUUUCUUGUUCAAACUCAAAUUCUCUUAUCAUGAUAUCAAGAUUUUCAUCAGAAACCAAACCCUAAAAACACCAAGAAAGUUCUUUACGUGGGGUUACAAGCAUGAUUUCAGGAGAGGAAAUUGCUUAUGAUUUAAUCUUGUCUCUUCUUGUAAUUUCCUUUAUAAUUUUUGCUAUUGUUUUGUUUUUCUUUUGUAGAAAAAAACCUGUAAAAUCAGAAGAAAUACAUUCAUCUGUCAGAGUUUCUGCACCGUCGUAUCCAUUGACAGAAAUCGACACUGCUACUGACGGCUUUCAUCAUCGGAGAAUUGUCGGAAAAGGCCGUUUAGGUACAGUUUACGCAGCUUUAUUAGCGAAUCAAGAACUAGUUGCUGUCAAAAGAAUACACCCGUCUCUUGUUUUAAGUAAUGCCGGUUUCGGAUUUUCUUCGAUUCUCAAAUCUCUUUCUUUAGCUCAACAUCCUAAUAUAGUUCCCAUAUUAGGGUUUUCUCAAGCUCCGGGUGAAAGAAUUAUAGUUAUGGAGUUUGUCGGUAUGGCAAGCUUAGAUUUUUAUUUACAUGAAAGUACUUCUGAUGGCGGUUCGUUACUUGAUUGGAACCGGCGGUUAAAGGUUGCCGCCGGGGCGGCUAGGGGGCUUCAGUAUUUGCAUGAAGGGAUCGCGCCAAAUAUUAUACAUGGGUGUUUUAAGGCGUCAAAUAUUUUAUUAGAUGUGAAAUUUUGUGCUAGGGUUUGUGAUUAUGGGCUUUAUUUUUUGGUUCCUAAUGAAAAAAGAGGGCUGGUAGGGUACGUAGAUGAUGAGUAUUGGAGUGAAGUUGCCGCCGGUGGCGGCGGAGCUUGUAAAGCAAGUGAUGUUUUUGGGUUUGGUGUGGUUUUGUUGGAGCUUUUGAGUGGGAGAAGAAGUGAAGGAGGAUUACUUGUGAAAUGGGCAUUGCCUUUGAUUAAAGAAAUGAAGUUUAAUGAAGUUUUAGACCCUAAACUUGCAAUUUUUGAUAUGAAUCAAAGUAUUAUAAGAUUGGCAAAAGUUGCAUCAGCUUGUGUAAGCAAUACAAGGAAGAGUAGGCCUACAAUUGUUCAAGUAGCAUCCAUUUUAAAUAGUUUGGAGAUUGAGAUUAAUGGAUGAUCCAAAUUUGGAAAUAGAAAGAAAUUACAUAGAUUAUUAAAGUUAGAUUUGGAUCGUCAUUAAGUUGAUAAGAAGCUCUUUUGGAUCACGGGUUCGAACCAUACCAUAUAUGCAACCUUUUAAAAAUUUGGAGACACAAUCCACCUUAUAAAAGACCUACACUAAUGUGGAAGAUUUAAAAGUGUUAUCUCUUAAAUAAAUUCUGUUAAAAAUAUAUCAUGAAUUCUGUACUAAAAGAUUAAUUUGGAGUGUUAUUGAGUAACAAUUUCACCUAAACACAUAUUAAAUUAAUUUUUAUAACAUAUGAUAGAAUUUAUGACUGAA